AUGUUGGAGAUAAUUUGUUGCUUUCUGUCAUUUAUCUGUGUGUUUGUUGCCCUCUGUCCCCUCCAGGCCUUUGGGAACGCGAAGACGGCCCACAACAACAACUCCAGCCGCUUUGGCAAAUUCAUUCAGGUGAACUACCAGGAGAGCGGCACGGUGAGAGGCGCAUAUGUGGAGAAGUCUUUGGAGAAGUCGAGGCUGGUCUAUCAGGGACACAAUGAGCGGAACUACCACGUGUUUUACUACCUGCUGGCAGGAGCGAGUGAAGAAGAGAGGGCGGCCUUUCACCUCAAGAAGCCUGAAGAAUACCAUUACCUCAGUCAGAUGACAACAAAAGUCCCGAGAGUGCACUGGGAGAGUUACUGUGACAGUGAACCGGACUGUUUCAUCGUUGAAGGAGAAGAUCUGAAGCAUGACUUUGAGAGACUUCAGUUGGCCAUGGAGAUGGUCGGCUUUCUUCCUGCCAUGCGCAAACAGAUCUUCUCCCUGCUCUCAGCUGUCCUCCAUUUGGGUAACAUCCGCUACAAGAGGAAAACUUACAGAGACGACUCCAUUGACAUCUGUAACCCAGAGGUGCUUCCAGUUGUCUCUGAACUGCUGCAGGUCAAAGAGGAAAUGCUGUUUGAAGCUCUGACGACACGGAAGACGGUCACUGUGGGAGAGAAGCUGAUUGUUCCCUACAAACUGGCAGAGGCUGGUACAGUGAGAGACUCCAUGGCAAAGUCACUGUACUGUGCUCUGUUUGACUGGAUUGUCUUCAGGAUCAACCACGCUCUGCUCAACAUCAAAGACCUGGAAGAGACCACCAAGAUAUUGUCCAUCGGAGUGUUGGACAUUUUUGGCUUUGAGGACUUUGAGGUCAACAGCUUUGAACAGUUUUGCAUCAACUUUGCCAACGAACGUCUCCAGCACUACUUCAACCAGCACAUCUUCAAGCUGGAGCAAGAGGAGUAUCGAGCUGAGGGAAUCAGCUGGAGUAACAUCGAUUACACCGACAACACGGGUUGCAUCAACCUGAUCAGCAAGAAGCCCACGGCGCUGUUCCACCUGCUGGACGAAGAGUGCAACUUUCCCCAGGCCACCAACCAGACGUUGUUGGAUAAAUUCAAGCGGCAGCAUGAAGGAAAUGACUACAUCGACUUCCCUGCUGUCAUGGAGUCGGCCUUCAUCAUCCGUCACUAUGCUGGAAAGGUCAAGUACGGUGUUAAGGACUUCAGAGAGAAGAACACGGACCACAUGAGACCAGACAUUGUAGCUCUGCUAAAGAGCAGCAAGAACGCCUUCAUCUGCGGGCUGAUCGGCAUCGACCCGUCGGCCACCUUCCGCUGGGCGGUGCUCCGAGCCUACUUUAGAGCCCUGGUGGCUUUCAGAGAGGCUGGGAAGAGACAUACGCAGAAGAAAACUGGGCAUGAUGAUGCUGCUCCCUAUGCAGUUUGAAAAGUGUGGAUAGUUUUAGCUUUCUACAGCCACCCUGUGCAUCAGAGGAGCUUAGAGAUCCUGCAGAGGUGCAAAGAGGAGAAUUACAGUGUGACCAGACGGAGUCCUCGAACGCCGCUGUCAGACCUGCAGGGGAGCAACGGCAUCAAUGAGAAAUCACCACGGAAUUCUCCGGGCCUCCCUUGGAAAGGGCGUGUCGGUCGACAGAGCCACGUAUCAUCCAUCAACUCUACCACAGAAGAAGAUGGAAUCUUUGUCAACUCCACCAGCAGCAAGCUCCUGGAGAGAGCGCACAACAUCCUCAUGAGGAACAAGAACCACAAACCUAAGCCAGUUCUUCCAAAGCACUUACUGAACGUCAAGUCACUGAAGUACCUCAGCAACCUGACCCUACACGAUCGCAUCACCAAGUCUCUGCUUCACCUCCACAAGAAGAAGAAACCACCCAGCAUCAGCGCACAGUUCCAGGCUUCCCUCAAUAAGCUCAUGGAGACUCUGGGUCAGUCGGAGCCUUAUUUUGUCAAGUGUAUCCGCUCCAAUGCCAAUAAGCUGCCUUUACGAUUUAACGAUGCCUUGGUGCUGAGGCAGCUGCGUUACACAGGUAUGCUGGAGACGGUACGCAUCCGCCGCUCCGGCUACAACAUCAAGUUCAGCUUCAAGGAUUUUGUUCAUCAUUUCCGUGUGCUGCUCCCAGAGAAUAUCAGUGCUACCCGGCAAGCUAUCCAGCUCUAUCUGGACCAGCUGGACCUGGCACCUGAUGGUUACCAAGUAGGCAAAACUGUGGUGUUCCUCCGGGAAGCAGAGCGUCAGCGGCUGCAGGCCUUACUUCAUGAGGAAGUGCUGAGAAUCAUCGUCACGCUGCAGCGGCGAUUCAGAGUGCACCUGGAGAGGAAGCAGUUUGUCAGGAUGAGAGAAGCCGCAGUCUGCAUCCAGAAGAGGUGGCGUUCAUACCAACCUGAACCCGAGGAGGACUAUGAGCCAAACAUCCUGGAGGGGGCAGCUUUGUGUCUUCAGAAGCACUGGCGGGGUUUCAGGCAGCGCCGCCGGCUCAGGCUGUGGAGGGAGGCAGCUGUGGUGCUUCAGAGAGCGUGGAGAUCGUGGCUCCAAAGUCGCUCCUCGGCAGUGUUGGUCAUUCAGACGGCCUGGCGCUGUUACAGAUCCAGAGAAGCCUAUUUGCAUCUGUACAGCGCUGUGCUGCAGCUCCAGGCAACAAGCCGGGGCUACUUGGCCAGACAGAGCUUUAGAAAACUGAGAGAGCAGCGGCUGAGGAAGAAGCUCCAACAGAAGGUUGUUCUGCAGCAGAAUGGCCAGUUGAGUGUCUCAGCAGGAGGAGAGGAGGAGCUGUCAGGACCCAUCAUGGGCUUGGACCUCAGCACGUGGGAGGAUCGCUCCUACGAGGAGCAGGAAAAGAACCUUCACACCUUCAGCAGCCAGGGGGCAGCACUCAAAGAAGGAAAAGGAGAUGUGCUCCACACCAGUUCAAAAGACGGUUACCUAAAAGUGCACCAUGAAACACCGUCUGCAGGCUCCACAGGCACCGUGGUGGUGCGGCAAAGGGCUCAAAUGUCUGAUGAAUCCAGCCAGAAACCAACAGGGCCAAGAGGGAGAGCCGGCGGAUGCGUUGAGCUGGAGCAGGCUCACUUCAGCCUGGAGCUCCUGAAGGUCCGGACGUCCAGCGGAGGAGCCUCGUCCCCGUCUGAGGAACACCGAUGGUCUGUGGAGCUGGUGAACUCUCCCACUCCACCUCUGUGCUCACCACACGGCACACCUGACAGUCAGAGCUCCAAAGGCAGCUUCGAGGUUCUCAGUAUGGACGAGGAGUUGCCCAGAGCCACAGAAGAAGUGACAGACAGCAACGACGCCUGCUCGCCUGUUACCUCAUCAGCUCCGGCGCUGAAGCCGAACAUGUUGGUUUCGUCAACAAACCCAAAGCCCGUUGAGCCACCUCUGACUGAGGUUUCCAGUGUAAUUAGCCACCCAGGCAACCAGGGCAAACACAGGUCUGAACAUGUAGCCCCCUCUUCUGCACAUGCACCCAAAAUCGAGAGCUACCUCCCUACAUUAGUACCGGCGAGUGAGGCCAGCAACAUCAUCAGCCGUCCUGGAAGUACAUCAACAAACACAGACGCCGUCACCACCUCGACCACCACGGUCACCAAACCGCUCAGAGAGAGGCGGGAGUCCUCACGCCGACCCGUGGUAGUCUUAAUAAGCAUGCAGAAGGAAACUCCUCUCAGCCAAGAUCUGACUGAUGAGUCCCAUCUGUGCGUUGCCUCUCAAGAUUCAACAGUCCAGGAGAAGGAGAUGGCGCCAGCACAACCAGACCCAAGUCCUGUUCCUGCCGGUGCUCCAGCUGCCAUCCCUCCUGCUGAGCAGGUGGUCCUGGAGAAGCUGGAGCGACUGAACAAGGAAAAGGAGGUGAGGCAGCGUCAGUUACAGCAGCACAAUGAGAGGGAGCUGAUGGAACAGAUCAGACAGCAAAAAGAAGCGCUAGAGCGCCAUCGCCUUUUCUUCGCUCAGUAUGAGCGAGAUAUGUUUGAGAAACAAAGGGGAGAGGCUCUGCAGAGGAUACAGCAGAGUCGGCAGUGGGCGCUCUACCCCGGACAGGAUGCUUGUCAAACGUCCGCUGCCGACGGUGCUGUUAGACGGAGCUCUGUGCGGCUGGACAGAACGGGACUGACGGCUCCACAUACCAGAACCCAGUCAAACACCACCACCCCAUCCAGAGCAGACAUCCACGGUCUGACCCCACGACCCCGGUCGCCUCCAGCACCUUCAUCCUUGCCAGGAGAACGAGACAAAGAGAACAGGCCUGUUCCUGAGGGCUGGGCACCCAAACUCACCCUGGAGACCAGAGACGAUGGUGGAAGCAGAGUGAGAGCGAGCACCGCCAGGGCCAACGGGAUUCAGGGCACCGCCGUGAACAUGAGUGACAAACCCGGCAACAUCUUCUUCUCACCAAAGGACAAAGUCACAUUUGCAAAUGAUGCUGUGACACAAGAGGCACCUGCAGCUGUUCCCAGAGAGGAGCCCAGCUUCAUCUCAAGGGCGGCCAAAGGGAGUAAAGCACAAGAUGUGAGCUGCUGCUGUUAUUAUGAUGAUGAUGAUGAUGUUGUUGUCUGCCGACGUUGCUGUCAGCAGAGCGACCCCAAAAAGAAAGCCAGAAUGGCAAAGACCCGCUCCGACUUCCUCACCCGUGCCCCCAUCCUCUCUACGGGGGGUGAGUCUGAUGAGGACGACUAUAACGGCCCCCGUCAUUACACUCUCCCACUGGUCAAACAGAACGCCGAAGAGGCGGCGGGCUUAAGAGAAUCCUGUUUCAGUGACUCUGACAUGCCUGCACGUUCUGCAGAGCACCAGAAGAUGCACAAGGUGUUGUCAUCAGAAGAUCUGGGCAAAGUUGACUCACUGAGCAAGAAUUCUCCAGAUGGAAGGGUUCGUAGUAGGAUGCGGUUUUGGGGCAAAACUAAAUACGGGGACAAGAAAGCCUCCAGAGAAAAGCUGAUUUUUGGGACUGAUUCUCUGGAUGGAGAUGAUGGAGACACAGGGCCAGUGCAAGGAGACGGUCAGGACAGCACCUCACUGCCCUACAGUCCAGACCUGGGAAUGGAUGGAGGCUUCAGAGAUUCAAAGGAGAAUAAGGAGCCCUCGCCAAAGGUGAAGCGACGGCGCAGUGUUAAGAUCAGCAGUGUCGCUCUGGAACCCACUCAGUGGCAGAAUGACUCGCUGCAGAUCCUCAUGUGCACCAACGACUACAAGUGCAUGAACGACUUCCUCAUGAAGAAGAUCACUGACUUGGACACAGAGGACAGUGAGAAGGACAACUUGGUGGAUGUCGUAUUUAAGAAAGCUCUGAAGGAAUUCCGUCAAAACAUCUUCGACCUUUACUCCACAGCGCUGGCGAUGGAUGACGGGAAGAAGACUCGCUACAAGGACCUCUAUGCUAUGUUUGAGCAAAUUCUGGAGAAGAUGAUGAGGAAGGAACAGAGGGACUGGAGCGAGUCACCUGUCAGAGUGUGGGUCAACACCUUUAAGGUUUUUCUGGACGAGUUCAUGACAGAGUACAAACCUCAGGACGGCUCCCUGGGCAGGCAGCAGGUACCCAAACCUGAACGCAAGAAAUGGAGGAAAAAAGACGCCGACACUGUUGAGGAGCACAACGGCCACAUCUUCAAGUCCACUCAGUACAGCAUCCCCACGUACUGUGAAUACUGCUCCUCUCUCAUCUGGAUGAUGGAGCGUGCCUGUGUGUGCAAACUGUGCAGGUACGCCUGCCACAGGAAGUGCUGCCAGAAGACGACCACCAAAUGCAGUAAAAAGUUCGACUCAGAGCUUUCCUCCAGACAGUUUGGAGUGGAGGUUUCUCAUCUGACCAGCGAUGACAGGACGGUGCCCCUUGUGGCCGAGAAGCUUAUCAACUACAUUGAGAUGCACGGCCUUUACACAGAGGGAAUCUACCGCAAAUCUGGCUCCACCAACAAAAUUAAAGAGCUGAAGCAGGGCCUGGACACGGAUGUGGAGAGCAUGAAUCUGGACGAGUACAACAUCCACGUUAUUGCGAGUGUUUUCAAGCAGUGGCUGAGAGACCUGCCGAACCCUCUGAUGACAUUUGAGCUGUACGAGGAGUUCAUACGUGCCAUGAGUUUGCACGAUAAAAAGGAAACAAUCAGAGGAGUUUAUUCUGUAAUCGACCAGCUGAGCAGAACUCACCUCAACACUCUGGAAACGUAUCAUGUUUAUCUCUGUUUGCUCGUGUAUACUGCGCUGUCCGGACACCAUCGACCCACUGCAGAGUGUCCAGGACAUCAGCAAGGACCACUGCGUGUGUGGAGCUCAUCAUCGCCAGCAGAACAGAUGAAUAAAUACAAAGUCAGACUAAGGACAUCAGCUCUUUGGAGUUUGCUGGAGAAUAACGCGAAGUGCAGACGACUUUCAUUCGAAGGCAAUGGGAAAGGCCGCACCUGGCGACUAAGCUACAGCGCCCCCUCGCCUCUGGUUAGUCCUGGACUAGCGCCUGUGACAGAUGCGGUAGCAGAGGAGAGCGGAGGAGAAGAGGCGACCGAGUGCGACAUGUCGGAGCAUCAGCAGACGGCCAUGCGGCAGGAAGAGCGAGUGCUGACAGAGCAAAUCGAAAGUCUGCAGAAAGAAAAAGAGGAGCUGACGUUCGAGAUCCUAACCCUGGAGCCGCGAGCAUCAGACGACGAGACGCUGGAAUCAGAGGCCUCCAUUGGAACCGCGGACAGCUCGGAAAACCUCAGCGUGGACGCUGAAGGAACCACUGGUGAUUCAUCUGAGUGCGGUCCAGCGUUGACGUCCCCUUGGAUUCGACGAGCGGAUGGGAAAAGCCCCCGACGCCAUGCUCUCCGACGGCAGCCUGAUUCGCUGGACUCUCUGGACUCCUGCUCCAGUGUUUCAUCCUUCUCGUCCUCAUCACUGAUCCAGCCAUCAUCAUCUUUCUCAUCUGCCACAUCUGCCACCAUCCAACGCCUUCAGUUCCACUCAAAGUCUCCCACCUUUGGCUCCAAGCCGAGUCAGGCAGCGUACAUGUCUCGCAGUCUUGAUAACAGCCCUACGGGAGAGCCGGAACGCCUGUGUGAUGACCGGCCCCUGUUCAGCAGCCGCGGCACCUUUAAAGCAGAGAAAGGCCUCCGAAGACUUAAGGGAGUCAAACAGUCUACCACCCGCCCCCUCACAGAAGGGGAGGGCCCCGUUGGGGAUCCAACAGACAUCUCCCACCGCUCGGUAUUAUAUGGCAAAAAUGAGUUCAUGGUGUAAAUAAAGUUGGCUUCAAGUACUGUCAGCCAACUUUGUCAUAGGCAGAAAUCGACACCAGAGGUUCCUAAAGGGAGGCACCACACCAACUGAUCCCCCCCCCCCCCCCCCCAAGUGCCCCUGCGUCGCCUUCCUUUAGUCUGCAUUAAAUUACCCCCAAGUGCCAUGUACUGUCCCAACCUCCAGAGACCAAAGUGGAGGAUGGGUUUUGUUUUUUGGGGUUGGUAGGCGAAUCAGGAACCAAUGAAUGGUGCCAGUUCCGUGGGCUGAAGUGCCACCCAAAGUGCCUCGGCAGCUCGUUUACUCAGCACCAAGAGGAAAGACGUGGCUCAGGAGGAUGAACAAAAGGGAAUGUCUGAAUACGCAGAAGACAAAUCAGCAGCGUCAGGGAAUGUUCUGUGUCCAGAAAACGGACGUGGUGUGUGCCGCUAAAUACAAAGAAAUCCUGAUACGGAGACGUGGACGUUUGCAAUGAACAGUUCAGUUAUUAGCUGUUAUGAGUUUACAGAUUAUAACGCUCUGUGUAAGCAGUUGUUACUCUUAUUACAGAUUUAUAUUCCUUUUAUUUAAUUUUAAAGACGAACAUGACGUAUUAUAUACUGUUAUAAAUACUGUAAAAAGCUGGAACACCAGUGUCUGCUGGGUAGCUGAAGUCAGAUAUUUAUCUUCUUGGAGUAUCCUGGACAGCAGUGUCAGGAUUUGGGUGUGCAUGUGUGUGUGAGGUCUCAUGCGUGAUUGUUUAUGUGA